CCGACCCGUGCUUAGCACCCCGCGGCGCGGACGCCGUGGCCGCUGCGCGUCGGGGCCUCGGGGCUGCUGGGUGCUGCGCUCAUGUCCCGGGCUCUCUGGCGUGCGGCCCGAGGGCUGCGGGAGUGCGGGCGCGGCUGGGCUAGCCGGAACCAGGAUUCUCCUUAAGGUUAUUCUGCUGAAGCUUUGGCAGAAAUUAAGAAGGAAAACAUCUCUAUUGUUGUUUGGCAUGGACGAUCCCUCAAUGGGAAGAUUAGACUUGACUGACCAUGCUCACGCUGUAUUAGGGAGUACAGCCAUGACAGCUAGUCUCAUGAACAUAGGGAUUUCAUGUGGUGAUCCCACAAGUCCUUUAGUCAAUAGAUCUAGAAACUCAUCAGUGGAAGAUGAUGAUGAUGUUGUAUUUAUUGAAUCUAUACAACCUCCUUCAAUUUCUGCUCCAGCAAUAGCUGAUCAAAGAAACUUUAUGUUUACAUCAUCAAAACAUGAAAAGCCACAAGGAAAUUGUCCUGUAAUUCUGCCAUUCUCAAGAGAUUUGGCUUGUCAGAAAGGAAAUAUGUGUGAGACAAUUGUUAUUGAUGAUGAAGAGGACAUAGAAACAAAUGGAGGGGAGAAAAAUUCUUCCAGUAAUACUGGGUGGGGACUUCCUGGAACUAAAAACAGCACCAAAGAUUUGGAUUUCUCCACAUCCAGUCAUUCAAGAAGUAAGACCAAGACUGGAGUAGGACCUUUUAAUCCUGGUAGAAUGAAUGUGGCAGGAGAUGUAUUUCAGAAUGGAGGAUUUACAACUCAGCAUAAUCCUGAUUCUUGGAUCUCCCAGUCAGCAUCAUUUCCCCGUAAUCAGAAACAGCCAGGGGUGGAUUCUCUAUCACCAGUGGCCUCACUUCCUAAACAGAUUUUCCAGCCUUCUGCCCAACAGCAAUUUACUAAACCAGCUAAAAUCACUUGUGCAAACUGCAAAAAUCCUUUACAGAAGGGACAGACAGCUUACCAACGAAAAGGAUCAGCUCACCUCUUUUGUUCUACCACCUGCCUUUCUUCCUUCUCUCAUAAACGUAUUCGAAAGACACGAAAUAUAAUAUGUAAAAGAGAUGCACCUACAAAGAAGGCUACUGUUGUUCCUCCAGUGGAAUCAAGUAGAUCCUUCCAAGAAUUUGCUAGUACAUCUUUGUCUCUCUGUGAAAACAAUCAUCAUCUUAGAAAAGGAGUUUUUAAUACAUCCCGAUGUAUAAUCUGUAAUAAACUGACAGAGGUUCACCAUGAAGUCAGUGUUAAUAAUGUAACUCACAAGCUGUGCAGUAACCAUUGCUUUAAUAAGUACAGGUUGGCUAAUGGUCUAAAAAUGAACUGCUGUGAACAGUGUGGAGAGUACAUGCCUGAUAAAAAUAUGGGAAACAGUAUCCUGAUUGGAGGUCAGCAGAAGAGAUUUUGCUGCCAAAAUUGUAUUAAUGAAUAUAAACAGAUGAUGGAAAUAAAAUCACAAACAUUAUCAGCAUCAGAAAAAAGGAAAAGGAGUGGUAUAGGAGAAGAAAAUGACAGUAAACUAUAUGGAUCAUUAAAUAUACUUUUAGAAAAAAUAGACGGAGUACCAGAAAAAAAAGAUAAGACUUUAGAACAAGUUGCAGCAGAAUGCAGCCCAAAUAUGUCCCUGAACAAACAAAAUGUGAAUUCACCUUAUUCUGUGUCAGCCAUAGCUGAUGAAUCACAGAAGCAACUGGAAGACAAAAAAUCAGAAGACUGCUUUAUGCCAGUUGUGCUUUCUCCAGAUCCAGGUACAUGGCCCCGAAUUUUGAAUAUUAAGCAGCGGGACACACUUGUUGAGAAUGAUCCACCUCAAGUAAGAAAUUUUGACUUUCCAAAAGACAACACAGGGAGGAAGUUUUCAGAAACUUACUAUACACGAAUUCUUCCAAGUGGUGAAAAAACCACUAGAUCCUGGUUACUUUAUUCUACUUCUAAAGAUUCUGUGUUUUGCCUAUAUUGCAAACUCUUUGGGGAAGGAAAAAAUCAACUGAAAAAUGAGAAUGGAUGCAGAGAUUGGCAGCAUUUAUCACAUAUUCUUAGUAAACACGAAGAAAGUGAGAUGCACCUCAACAAUAGUGUUAAGUUUUCAAAGUUAAAAUCUGAUUUGAAAAAAAAUAAAACUGAUGAAGCUGCAGGACACAGAUUAUGUGAAGAUGAAAGAAAUGGUGGUGUCCUGCUGUUGUAUACAUAAUGUGCCCAAUUUGGUUUCUGUCAUUACUUAGAAAAGAUCUGGGGACAGGGAUUUAGCUCAGUGGUUCCGUCAUCUGCCUCGCAAGCGCAAGAUUCCGAGUUUGAUCCCCGGUACCAAAAGAAAAAACUUGCACGUAGUAGAUAGUCAUUCAACAGAUAACUCCUGAAGAAGAAAAUUUUUUUAAAAAAGAAAAGAUCUGUACCACGAGUCAGUGUCAGUCAGUCCUGAGCUGUAAUGAACAUAAAUAGCUAAUUAGCAGUAAGUAUAAUAGCAGAUAAAUAGUAAAGAGUGUUUCUGUUCCAAAUUUAAAACUAAUUGGAUUCAAUAGUGAUUGCGAAAUUUAGUAAAGGCAAUUUCUCAGUUCUCAACUUUUUACAAUUGGCAAUUGAGAACUGCUGUUUAACAGGUUUGAUUAAUAUUCUGGUUACUAUGAAACCGGUGCCGGUUAUGUUGGUACACUCCUAUAAUCCCAGCACUCAGGAGGAUCACUGCAAGUUCGAGGCCAGCCUAGGCUACCCAUUGAGUUUAAGGCAAGCCUAAACUACGUAGCGAGACUUUGUCUCAGAAACAACAACAAAAAAGAAAGCAGAGGUAGGAAAGCCUUGCCUUUAUUAAUACCAGUUGAAUAGGAUAGUUAUGUGAACAUAUUCUCAGCAUUAUUAAAGACAUUCAGAUAGUUUCAAGAACAAAAUAGGGAUCUCAAACUAUAGCUUUUUCCUUUUUAACCAAAUAUUUGUGAUUUACUCCUUUGAGCAAAACUCGGGAGUAGGGGCAUGGUGAUGGUGGUAGUACUGGAGAUUGAACCCAGGGUUUUUGCACUGAGCUACAUCACUAGCCCUUCUCUUUCUGAGCUUUAUUUAUUUGUUUUUUUGAGGCAGGGUCGCUAUAAGUCAGUAAAUUGCUCAGGUUAGGCUCCAACUUGCAAUCCUCACGCUUCAACCUUCCAAAAUUUUGAGAUUAAAGGCAUAUACACCAUGGCCGCUGGCUUGAGCAAAACAUUUCUACUUGACCAAAACAGCAUUAUUGUAUUAAAGGUGAAUGAUUUGCAUUUCA